UCUUCUCCCGGAUCCGGAUCCGGAUGAAGGGGUUGCCCUGCCCGUGCCCGGCCCUGCCCCGCUUCUGGCGCCUGGGGUGUUGCUUCAUGGCUCAGGGCUCCGGGACUCAGGCCCCGGGGAAAGGGCCCCCGCUCAGCAUCCAGCUCCUGCGAGCCCAGUACGAAGGCUUGAGGCGGCAGCAGAGGGCCCAGGCCCACCUCGUGGUGCUCCCGAAAGGAGGGAACACGCCUGCUCCUGCUGAAUCCAUGGUCAGUGCUGUUUGGAUUAACAAGGAGAGAAGGCAUUCACUGUCUCUGGACGAGGCGGAUCCUGAGGCAGCGGGGAUGCUGGAGGAGGCUGACAGAGGCUGUCUGCAGGCCCCAGAGUCUCCAUGGCACACGCACCUAGAGAUGCACCGCUUGGUCCAAACCUUCCGCCAGGAAACCAGUCAUCAAAUAAAACACAAGAGCAAGCUCAUGGGGUCUGAACAAAGGCUCCCCCAGGAGGGAGACCCAGGCUUGUUUGGAAACAAUCAGAUGACUCAGCUAGGGACCACGAACCCAGAGGCAGCCCAGAGUGAAUGUCAGGUGGGUGAUACCCAAACCAACGCAGUGAGAUCCAACUUAAACACCAGCAUUCCGUGCCCUCCUUCCAUAAAGAACACACUCAGGUCUGGAAAACCAGCUCACUAUCCAUUUCCCCAGAGGAAAAUGCCCAGGAUCUCCCAAGCUGCCCGGAACCUGGGCUUAUAUGGCCCAGCCUGAAGCUUUCUACUAAGCCAGGUGUCCCAACCUCGAGGCCAGCUAUGCCCUCAUCAAAGAAUCCAAGAGGCAGAGCCACAACUAGGGCCUCUAGCUGUGAGCAAGAACUGGACUUACUCAACUGUAGGGAUUGUAGGAAAUGAACUUCACAAUGGGCACAUGGCCUUGUCCCUCAAAAAAGAAGAGAUUGCCCAGGCCAGACUGCUCACAGUUCAGGAUGAAAGGGCUGUCUGAUCAAUGCAGCCCCAUUCUGCUUAUAUAAGAAGACAUUGCUACGGAGGCCUGGAUGCCCAUUCCUUGGGGAGGUCUCUGGAACUAGGGAAUUUUGAAACAUAGUACAGGCACCCUAGCCAAUGGAAUGCCUUAACAGUGUCCUGGAAUCAACAGAUAUGGGCAAUCAUGUUUUCAAUAUCUUCUGAGGAUUUCUCACACGUUCUGGAGAAGAUGAGCUCUGAGAAUUGCCUUUUUCUGGUUGCUAUGCCUGGAGGCUAGCUCACUUAGAAGUCACUACAUUCAUUGGUGGUGACCACACCAUUUCAGCUGGAGCCUCCCAAAGUAGGGUCACCCUGGGU